AUCGAGCGAAUAUAAAUUGAUUUCGCAGGAACUUUUUGAACGCUAGCAGAGAAGAAGAGAUCUGCAUCGUAAUGGUGGAAAACAACCUCUGUUACCGCCGCUUUGGCGAUGCAGUGUAAUUUCUUUUUGCGUCACCCUCUUAAUCAGUCAUAACUAUGGGUGGUUGUAUGGGAACAUCUCGAGAACCAAGCAUAAGAGUCAGCUCUGGUAGCGAUCAAUUUGGUAGUACGCCAGGAGUUACUUUAGGCCGCAAUCAACCACUAAAGAAAGAGAGGCCGCCAUGGACUUCAGAAAUGCCUCUAACAGAGGGCCAACUCCGCAGUAAAAGAGAGGAGUUUUGGGAGACUGCGCCUGCUUUUGAAGGGCGGAAGGAGAUUUGGGAUGCAUUAAGAGCAGCUGCUGAAACGGACGACCAUACUUGGGCGCAGGCAAUUGUAGAUGGAGCAAACAUUACUCUUCCUACAGGAUCAUUGCAAGAUGCAUAUGAUGAACUUGGUAACAGAUAUGUCCUUCCAGUGUACUGUGUGAGCAAGCCAACAAAUUUAAUCAGAGAUGAAGAUGUUAGUGGUGAGGCCAGUGCAGAAGUUGAAGAUGAUGACUCAGUGCCUACAGGGGAAGAACUGUAUAUUAAACUUCGCUUGUCAACUGGCAAGGACCUUAAAAUGACUGUAUAUACUUCAGACACUAUCCUUAAAAUUAAGAAAAAGCUUCAAAAAAUGGAAGGGUUCGAGCCAUCAAAGCAGAGAUGGUUUUAUGCUGGGCGAAUGUUGAUUGACAAGACCACAAUAGGAGAGGCAAAAAUUCCCAAGGGCUAUGUGGUGCAAGUUAUUUUGCCACAACCUACGCCUGUUGAAAACUAAAAGGUUGUAACUCAAGGCAGGCAUUGUUUUGCUGCUACAAACGUUUUUUAAAGUCCUACGAAGUGUUGAACACCCCAUACAGAAGAACUCUCAACCUGGAGCCCAUUUCAGGCACUUGGUUGAAUGAAAAGCAGCCUAGAGAAAAUUGAGUGAGGACAAGUUGUAUGUGCCAAUUGCCUGGAACAACUGAGAAGUUAAUCACAAUUUUAUCACAUGGAGGUUAUACAUGUUCUCAAGCAUUACCUUCCUGUGAAGAACAUACCCAGCUUUUACAAACAAUAAACACUUGUAUUUAAAUGAAA